GAGGGUGACCCACAUGAUGGCGGCCAGCGCGGCGCUAGCCUUGGCCCUGUGGCUACUAUUGCCGCCAAUUGGGGUGGGAUUGGCGGGACCCCCACCGAUCCAGGACGGCGAGUUCACGUUCCUGUUGCCCGCGGGAAGGAAGCAGUGUUUCUACCAGUCCGCGCCUGCCAACGCAAGCCUCGAGACCGAGUACCAGGUGAUCGGAGGUGCUGGGUUGGACGUGGAUUUCACGCUGGAGAGCCCUCAGGGUGUGCUGUUGGUCAGCGAGUCUCGCAAGGCUGAUGGGGUGCACACGGUGGAGCCUACGGAGGCUGGGGACUACAGACUGUGCUUUGACAACUCCUUCAGCACAAUCUCAGAGAAACUGGUGUUCUUUGAGCUCAUCUUUGACAGCUUGCAAGACGAUGAGGAAGUGGAAGGCUGGGCAGAAGCUGUAGAACCUGAAGAGAUGCUGGACGUCAAGAUGGGGGACAUUAAGGAAUCCAUCGAGACCAUGAGGACCCGGCUGGAGCGCAGCAUCCAGAUGCUGACGCUGUUACGGGCCUUUGAGGCGCGGGACCGCAACCUGCAGGAGGGUAACUUGGAGCGAGUCAACUUCUGGUCAGCUGUCAACGUGGCUGUGCUGUUGCUAGUGGCUGUGUUGCAGGUCUGCACGCUCAAGCGCUUCUUCCAAGACAAGCGCCCGGUGCCCACGUAGCUCCUGUCCUGGAGGGUGAACGCUAAAAUGGAGGGGUGGUGGGCAUGUGGGAUGGGGGAGGUCCCUCCCAGAUGUACUUUCCUGCAGAAGAGGCUGUGCAGUCGUGGUCUCAGCUGUGGCCCCAUGCAUCUCCCUUCCUGGCCCAGGCAAGGAGCAAGUGCAGCUGGCUUGCAGGUCUGGGAGUGGUGGCUCAGUGGAGGUGCCUGAUUUCCUAGGAGCCAUGCAUGAUAGGUACCGCACUGUAGGAAUGGAGCCUGUGGAUUUCCUGGUCUCCUCUUUAUAAUGUGCCUUAACUCAAGUCUUCCACCUGGCAUCAGUGCUGCCAGGGCCCUGGUGAAGGAGUGGACCAGGAAGCAGGCUGGUGCCUGGGCCUCGCACUCCUGGGCCCUCCAAGCCAGGCCGUGGUAGCGGGACCCUGAGGCCUGCUCCAGGAAGGACACACAGCUGCAGAGUUCUUGCCAGGAUAGUCACUUUAUUUGACAGGAAAGGGACCCAGGCCCCUCGCCCAGCGGGGGGCACGCUGGAUAUAUUGUCUGGUAACAGAACUCCAGGAGGGGGGCCCUGCAAGACCACCUGGCCCUCGCCCUCUACCUGUAGGGGCCCCAGCUGGGGCUGAGGGAUGGCUUGUCCAAAGCCUGUCCAGGAGCCUCAAGGAACAAAGGGCAUCCGGCCUGGGUGCUGGAGUGAAUAAAUUAUGAUCACAAAAAUCAAUCACAGAGCCUUUUGAUUGGGGUCAGGGACACUGGCCAGGACAGACCUGCCCUCAGGGGGCAGCCAGGUAGGCGGGAGGAGUCUCCCACGGUGCUCAGAAGAAAGGUCUGGCAGGAGCCGAUGGAGGAGGUCGCCUGGCACAAAAGAAAAAUCAGAAAGCAAAGUUUGACUAUGUCUCUGGCUGGCCAGAGGGUCUGGCGCCCCCCCCAAAAGGGCAAGAGGGGCCUGGAGGUAGGCAGGGGCCAGACCACAGUAUGGCCCAAGGUGUGGCUUCAAAUGAGCACCAUGGAAUGUGUAGUAACCUAGCAGACCUGUUGUGUAGGUGGCGGUGACCGGCAAGAGUGAACUUUUGUCCCACUCCUGAGGUUAAGCAAAGUAAAAGCCACCCCUAGAGCAUGGAUUUCUCCAGAACAUGCGACCAGAAGCUGUGACAGCUCCCAGAGCUAAGUGAAACCCCAGUGAGUGAGGUGUGGGGGCUCCCCGUGGGAGAGACAGCAGUGUCCUCAACUUGGACACUGACACAAAAGGCCCACACAGCAGCCACCAGAAGGUUCUUCCUUUUAUUUUAGUUUAUUAAUAGGAUACAGAGCGCAGGCACUUACAGUGGUCAAACCGAGCGAGUGAGCACAUUUCUGCUCAGAGAGAGGCACCAGGGCCCUCCCUGUGGGAGAGGCCUGGGUGGGAGCAGAGAGGCCCCAACACCCCCAAUCCACAGAGCCCAAGUCACCCUGGAGGACCCAGGAGGAGGAGGGAGCCAAGAGCUCUGAGUUUGGCGAAGGCACCUCCGGCAGCCUAGGUGGGCCGGGCUCAGGCUGUGUGGUUAAUGUAGCCAAAGAAGGAACAGGCACAGCUUGGGCCGGCCAGGCGGGCAGGGCUGGGUCCAAUGGCCCGUGGGGAGCCCCUGGAAAGCGGUGGCAUACUCCUUGUGCCCCACGACGCCCUGGGGACUUCACCUUCCAGAAGGCUGUUCAAGAUGGCACCCAGGGGACAGUUCCUGCUCUGCCACCCUGAGAUCCCAUCCCCAAAGUGCAAAGCCCUAGCCGCCCAUGCCUGGGACUCCAGGGCCCCUCAGUGCGGUGUCCAGCCAGAAAUGGGGGCCAGGUCAGCCCCUGCUUGGGCUGUGGCUAGGGAGGAAGGGGCUGCCCCCAGGGAGCCUGGUCCCAGCAUGGGGUGGCGGAGAGCCCCAGACCGAAGCUCCUGCUCCGCAGGUGUGCGAGGCCCCCU